CAUUAUCAUCAUUCAUCAGGCAAAUAAAGAAAAACUUGUGGAAGAAUCGUUUUCACACCAAAAAUGAAAAUGAAGUUAAGAUUUGUUUCUUAACUGUGUGUAGGUAACAAACAUACACAAACUGUUCAACCUGACAGUAAUUUGUGCUGCAAAAAUUCUCUACAACAAGAAUUCAAUAUUGGCCUUUUUUGAACGUUGACAGUCUUUUAAAUUACAUGGUUUGCCCAUAUUGCUUGUGUGGCUCAUAAGAAAAAACCUAAGAAAUAUGCUCACAGAUUCUUCAAUGAUUGUCUUCUUUAAAAAGUAUUGUAGCAAACCUUUACCUACUAUGCCAUCAUCAUUAAAACAAUAUUCUAAGUUCUGCCCUGAGAUAUUCAGAGUAAACAAAACAAAUCGCCCUAAUAACUCAAAACGCCAUUUUUUUUUAUUUCCUUUCUCUCGAAGUUUUGUUCGGAUGAUGAAUUUAUGAGACAAGAUGAUGUGUGGUUUGUGUCUAAUUUAUAUACAGCGAAAUGCAGUAAUUAAUAUGCCUGAGCCCUUUUUUAAUGCGGAAAAUUACCGCGUCUUUUUCUGGUUAAUUAAAUCUUAUAACGCCAUCUGUGAAGUUUCAGGUACUUUAGUUUAAUAUCGCCAUCUUUAGGCUUGAGCGAGAAACAGCAAGUGAAUUCGGGCAAAGGAUAUCGCUACCAUUAAGUUUAAAUGGUAAUUACUUUGUACCUGAAAAAUGAAAUUUAUGUAAAUUUUACCUGUAAAAGGCCCUUUUAAAAGACUGACUUUUGAAUAGUUUAUCAUUAGAGAAGCACGUGCAAUAUUUUGCACUUAAUAUAGUUUUGUGUAUUGAAAUAUAGGGUAAGUAGGUACAUAUUUUUCUGUAAAAAUCUUUAUUUACUAACAAAAUGCUUUUUUUUUAGAAAUCAAAUCACAAAAUGAUCCACUUAGUAAUUCUGUUCCUCAUCGCCGUUUACCGUUUAAUUUUCACCGAAGAUAUAAUGGUGUCUAUGGUACUAUUUUCAGUACAACAAAUAGAAUCGGCCAUAGCGGACGUGGUGAUUUAUUUGUUUCAAUUUUCAAUUUCCUUUUUAUUUAUCUACGUUUUUAUCGAUAUUGUAAUUCAAAUGGAAAACCACUGGCCUGGAGCGGACGCAUUCGAAAGUAUCCAAGCUAUGUUCCCUUACUUUUUGUUUUGACUAAUAAUUACUUAUGUAUUUUAAUGUUUUAUUCGAUUUUAGUAAUGUAUUUUAUUUGAUUUGGAAAUAAAUUAGUUCUAAUAUUUUUCAAUGAAAGAUGUAUUAUUUCAAUUAAGGGGCAAAUAUAAAGCGAUCUUUUUCCUAGUUUUUUCUCGGUUAUUUCAGCCUUUUUCCUUCACUUUUCUUUUCUUGUCCUUUCAUUGUUAUUUUCCAAGAUUCUAACAUUAUAGCAAAGAUCCUUUUCUACCUUUCUUUCUGCUUUUUUUCUUGCUCCUUUCAGCGUUUUUACCUUCGGCUCAUUUUUCUAUCCUUUUAUCUUCUAUUUCAUACGCAUAAGGAUGUGGAAUUCUAGGAUCUAGACAAUAAAGUUUGGAAAAAUUACUCAAUACUGGAUUAAGAUAUCUUUUGUGACAUUUCUCAAGAAUUUUUCUUAUGUCUCUGUUAUGCUUUUUAACUUUGUUGUAAACCUUAUUAUUCUAUUAACUUUGCUUUCUUUUGUUUUUAAACUCAAUUUUAUUUCACCAAUAUUUCCACCUGUUUGUUAUGAUAUUCCGAUUAAUGCGUGUUUUUGAUGUUAUUGUAGGCAAAUUAGAUACACUGACGAUGUACGAUGAAGGUCAAUAAUUGAGCACCCAGAUAGUCAGAAAACAUCUUUUUGUCGUAGAUUUACAUCUCAAAUAUAGCUAUUGGGUACUACCAGACCUAAAAGUUAAUAACGGUUUAUGCAUUGAAAAGAAAGAAAUGUCGUUGAAGAUGUCUUUAGAAUGUCUUAGUGUUAAAGAUGUCAUUAGGUUAGAUUAAAAGACUUGCUGAAGUCUGGAUAUUGUAGAAGACGUUAAUUUGUCAGUAAAAUUUUGCAAAUUCUAAUUCAGUUCAAAAAUUCUAAGGCAGGAAAUUGGAGGUUUAGUAAUUUUUGCGAAGUCCUUGAUAAACUUCCUGUAAUAUUCAAGGAGGCCUAGAAAUCCUAGAAUUUCCUUCGUGGUUGGCGGUAUUGGAUAGUCAAGUAUGGCUUUCAUUUUAGCCGGAUUUGGUUACAAUAUGUCCAAGAAAGGCAAUUUCCUUUUUUAGGAACUCGCAUUUGUCCAUUUGAAUUUCGAAUCCAGUUUCUCUGAGACGUGGAAAGAUUUUUGAAAGAUAAACCAGAUGCUCAUGAAGUGAUGUGCUGAACACAAUACACAAUGAUAUCGUCCAUGUACACUAAGCAAUUUUCUCCUUGGAGGCCUUUUGAAACGUUAUCCAUUACCCUCUGAAACGUUGCUGGAGCAUUUUUUAGGCCAAACAGCAUCCGAACAUACUCGUAAUGGCCAUUUUUGACAUUGAAAGCAGUUUUGCAUAUCUAUCUUCAUUAGCCAUUUCGAUUUGGUGAAAACCACUUGCCGGAUCCAGAGUCGUGAAGUACUGGCAUUUACCAAUUUUGUCCAAAAUGUCUGUUAUGUUUGGAAUUGGGUAUUUAUCGUGGAUACUUUUCUCGUUUAUUUUCCUUUAGUCCACUACUAUUCGCCAUUUUAUUUUUCCGGAGGCGUCUGGUUUUUUUGGAACUAUCCAUAUCGGGGAAGACCAAGGUGACUAUGGUUUGUAGAGGUGGGCCAACCUGCGAUUUUACUGGAGCUGUGACAAGACGUGACUGCUCCAGUCGUGUCACGGUGAUAAAUAGCAGUGAUUUUUUGGAACAGUUCAACCUUGAUUGGCCAUGCUGGUAAUACAUAUAAAUGCUACAUUAUAUAAUCGCAGUCCACCCAGUUUGCAGUCACAGCCGAGAGAGGUGUUCCAGUUUGCCCUCCUCUGCAGUAGCAAUUUCUGUUUGGCGUCACCGCGAUGCGAUUUACAAUAUUUCAUUAUUUGCAUCACUUUGACUUGAGUUUAGUCCGCGCUGCAUCUGCAUCGGUGAAGCAGUGAAAAAGUCACAGUUCGUGAAAUCGCAACCCAUCUCUAAAAUUGAGUACUUGAAGUGCAUCCUACUUUAUCUUCUUCUUUGUUUCACUCAUUUAUAACCGUAUUUGUUGUUUUUACAAAUGUAUCCUACCUUAUCUACUUCUUUGUCUUACUAUUUUUGCUGAAAAUACAAUCAAAUUAACAUUAAAAAUGAUUUUUUUUUAUUUGUUGGAAAAUGAAAUGAAAAACAUUCUAUUUGAGAUUGUAAUUGUGGCAACGCUGUUUUCGAUCAAGUAGGCCUUGUAAUGUAAUGUCGCAUUUGCCACUUUUGACAGACGAGUGUUUUUAUCCAGCUUUUCCUUGAAUUUUCCGGUUUUUCAAGGAUUUUUCGAAUGUUGGUUUUUCAUUGAAUUUUCCACUUUUCCAAGGCUUCUUCAAUCGGAAAAAGACUGUUUUGAUUGAAGGGCUUUAAAUUUGCUUCAAUUUUUCACCAUAAACUUCCAUUUUUAGACUAAAAUAGUAUCCUACUUUAUCUCUCUCUUUGUCAUACUCAUUACCAAAUUAUUAGUCGGCCAUUUUGAAGUGUCGUGUUUACAUUUUUAUCCAGGUUUUCCUCGAAUUUUCCACUUUUUCAGGGGUUUUUCCGUCGAAAAAACUAGUUUAAAGUACGAGGCUUCGAGUUUUUUUCCAUUUUCUGCUAGAAAUUUCCAGUUUUAGAUCCAUUUAUUUACGGUCAAAAGGUAAGUGAAAAAAAAAUUAUUGAAAAGCAAGUUUUUGAGGAUUUAUUUAAGGAAUUUCUAAUAUUAAAAUCGUUUUAUUAUUUAACGGGUUUUUAAUUAUUAGAUUACAAGUAGAAUCCCAUUUUACAUGAUUUUUUUGGAAGUUUUGUGACGUGGCAACAUCGUUUGUAGCCAACUUCAAGUAGACCUUGUAAUAAAUCUCAUUUGCCAUUUUUGACAGUCAGCCAUUUUCAAUUAACGAUUUUACAUUUUUGUCCAGUUUUUCCUCAAAUUUUCCGCUUUUCCAGGCCGUUUUCAAUCGGGAAAAUCGUUUUAAAGUUCGAGGCUUCGAGUUUUCUCUAUUUUCCACCAAAAAUUUCCAGUUUCCCAAUGGAGUAAGUGACCAAAACUUUGAUUUUUCAAGUAGGCUUUGGAAUAUUGGUUUUCCAUUGAAUUUUCUACUUUUCCAGGGAUUUUUCAAUUAGAAAAAGAUGAUUUUAAAAGCGGGGCUUUGAAUUUGCUUCAUUUUUUUACCAAAAACUUCGAUUUUUAGAUUUAAUUUUUUCCUACUUCAUCUCCCUUUUUAUCUUUCUUGCUAUAGGGCUGGGCCUUGGAAUAUCAUUUUUAUUGAAAUUUAUUAAAAAUAAGAUUCCAAUGCAUUAUUUUCGAAAUUUAUCAUUGUAUAAACAUUAUUAAUUAAUUAUUUAAACAAAAAACUAUUUUAAAUGUAAUUUUUUCCUAUUUGAAAUGUCGCAACGACGCACAAUGUCAUUUCCCAGUUUUGACAGUCGGUCAUUUUUGAAUGUUUUUAUCCAGUUUUUCCUCGAAUUUUCCGCUUUUUUAGGCCGUUUUCAAUUGGAAAAACCGAUUGAGAAGACGAUGCUUUGAAUUUCCUUCAUUUUUUGCCAAAAAUUUCCAGUUUUCCAAUGGGGUAAGUGACAAAAACUCAAGUUUUAUUAAGUAGACUAUGGAUUGUAAUUUUUACGGGAUUUUCUUUGGAUUUUCCGCUUUUCCAGUGCUUUUUCGAUCGGAAAAACCGAUUUUAAGUACGAGGCUUUGAGUUUUCUUUAUUUUCAUCCAUAAAUGUCUAGUUUCAAAUACUAAAAUUAGGGGUAAAUAAGGCCUUCUUUAAAAAAAGUGAGCACUUGAAUUACAUCCUACUUUAUCUCUUUCCUUGUCCAACUCAGAGGGUUUUAGAGCUACUUUGUACUUAAAACACACUAAAUUUAGCUGAAAAAAACGAGACUCCGAAUUAAAAAAGGGGGCUCUCAAAACAAAAAAUAAACAAACGCCAUUGUCGCCAUUUUGAAUUAAUUGUCAAAAAUUACAAGGCCUACUUUGACUUUGACAUGUCAAAUUUUUUGACGUUUGCGUGAGGGUUGCUGCAACUUUUGUGCCAGGGUUGCUACAUUUUUUCGUCCCUGUAGGCCGAUUUUUCAAUAUCGAGUCACGUGCGGGUUGGUUUUAACUAGAGGUGGGCCAACCUGCGAUUUUACUGGAACUGUGACAGGACGUGACUGCUCCAGUCGUGUUACGAUAACAAAUAACAAUGACUUGACUGGCCGUGCUGGUAAUAUAUAUAAAUGGUACAUUACAUAAUCGCAGUUCGCCCAGUUCACAGUCUAGGCAGAGAAGAAUGUUCCAGUCUGCCCUCUGCAGUGGCAGUUUCUGUUUUGCGUCACCGCAAUGUGAUUUAUAAUAAUAUUUCAUUAUUUGCAUCACUUUAAGUUGAGUUUAGUCCGCACUGUAUCGGUUAGAGAUCGAAGUGGCCGUGACAAAAUGUCACUGCUACUUGAGUGGGACUGGAGUAGGCCGUGACUGUGACAGACGAGUAGCAGUGACAGAGUCACAGUUCGUGAAAUCGCAAUGAAAGAAAUCUGGGUUUUCACUUCCUCUUUAUGGAUAUGUGGAUAUCUACAGUCCAUCGAUUUCAAUCUGAUUCUCCAAGGAAUGUGAGCUGGUGGCUCCCUACGUUAGAAAGCCAAUAGUCACCUGACGUCAUACCUGUUUUUGCCAUAUGAUUCACCCUCUCGCUCCUCACACGGAAAGUGUCAGAUUAAAAACGACGGACAAUAUAUGACUUGGUGUGCACUGGAAUCUCAUCUUUUGUUUUAAUAUGGUAUUUGAUCUGGUUUGUAAAGAUCAGAGACAUGUCUGGAUAAUGGGAAAUGUCUGCUUACUUCCCACAUAAAUUUUGUAUUGCCUUUUCUUCCUCUGAAUUUAGGUGAUUAGGAGGGGGAGUACAGGUAGGUAAGUUGUGACACAAAUUGAAAUUUAUUGGGUUUUGUAACAUAAGACGACUUUGAGAUGCUUUUAAGACACACGUAUGUGAGACGACUUUUUAACAUGCCUCUGUGCUGUCUGGGUAAGUAUAUACCAACUAAGAGCUUUUCAAUAAUCUUCCAGUUUUUAUAUUGAUUUAUCGUGAUUAAUAAGUGCAUAUAUGACAUUGCACCCAAACGUUAUGUAAAUAGUACCUUUUCUGCAUGACCUAAUAUUACGGGACAUAAAUUUACAAAUAAACAAAGACAUUUUAAUUAGUGCUAAUAAUAAUAAUCAUUGUUGACGAAACUCUUUAUUCCAUUAUUAUAAUGAAGCGUAAAAAUGCAUUAAACAUUUAUACCGAUUAUUGUUUUAGCUCAUCCACAAUUUUUCACACAAUUCAGUCUAGUGAAUGCCAGAAAGCAUAAUGGAAAAGUCGGAAAUUAAAGAGUUUUAUAAGGAUACCAAAAUAUUUAUUACCGGUGCCACGGGGUUUGUUGGAAAAACGCUUAUAGAAAAACUACUUCGUACAACUGAACCGCAUACGAUAUACAUUUUGAUGAGAGAAAAAAAAGGCAAGACCAUUAACGAGAGGCUAAAGAAAAUAUUUGAAAAUCCUGUCUUCGACAUUCUCAAAACAAUAAAUCCCGAUUUUAGUUUAAAAAUUAAAACAAUUAAUGGUGAAUGUGGAGCUCAAGGCUUAGGCAUCUCAGACAAAGAUAAAUCUGAGCUCAUCAACAAUGUCAACAUUAUCUUCCACGCAGCAGCUUCAGUAAACUUUGACGAAAACUUAAAAUCAGCAUUCGAUAUUAACUUCGACGGAAUAAGAAGUGUCAUUAAUAUUGCUAAAGAAACAAAACACCUUAAGUCUCUUCUAUUCGUUUCAACAGCUUAUUCCAAUUGUAUUGAGGACUCUGUCAUACAAGAAAAAGUGUAUGAGUAUCCUUAUGAUGAUGUUAUCAAGGAGUUGGAAAUGUUGUCCAAAGAAAAAGCUGAAUUAGUUAGAGACAAGAUCAUUGGCAAUUGGCCUAACACCUACACAUACACCAAAGCUUUGGCGGAAAUUUUAGCAAAAAGAGAAAAGGCAAAUAUGCCUAUUGGAAUUUUCAGACCAAGCAUCAUAACAUCGACCUACAGAGAACCAAAACCAGGCUGGAUAGAUAACAUUUAUGCAGUUAAUGGUGUAGCUUUGGGCCUUAUGACAGGUUUUUUGAGGGUGAUGCGUGGAGAUCCAAAUUUAAUAGCCGAUAUUGUACCGGUUGAUAUGUGCAUCGCAGCCAUGAUAUCUUCAGCUAAAGAAAUUGCUGGAACGAAAUACGAUAAGGAAAUCACUGUUUACAACUACGUGAGUCGAAACGAAAACCCAAUUACAUUUGACUUAUUCAAAUACCUGAAUUGUACCUUCGGAGUACCAUCAAACAAAGCUCUAUGGUAUCCUAGGUUUAUCUAUGCCUCAAAUGAUUUUACUUGCAACAUUUUGUCGUUUAUUUUGCACAUAGUGCCCGCUAUUCUCAUGGAUACUUUAGCACUUUUGACUGGAAAUAAACCAGUGUUGGUGUCGUUGUACCGAAAAUUCUUCAAGUUUUCCAGUAAAGUGACAUUUUUUGGCACCAAAGAAUUUCAAUUCGACAAUAAUAACGUUCAAACAAUGUGGAAGAAAUUAAACAAAACUGAUCGAGAAUUAUUUCCGUUUAGUAUGAGCAGUAUGUCCUGGCUUUUGUUUUGCAAAAAUUAUAGUUUGGGAUUUAGAAGGUAUAUUUUGAAAGAGGAUGAUUCAAUGCUGGCACAAGCUUUUACCAAAUUGUACAGGUUUCAAAUCGCCCAUUACAUGAUGAAGGCGUCAAUUGUAUUUGGAAUUUGCGUUUUUAUAUAUCUACAGCUUUCCAAACUAUGGAAUAUUUUUGUAAAUUGAUUUUAUUUUAGUUGGGUGUUUUGAACUAAUAAAUCUCCUUCUGACUGAAUUCUCCUUGCGUCAAAACCGGCAGCAAUAGCUAAAACAA